AUGGCAAGAGGACAAGCUAAAGGAGCGCAGUCAAGCGCUGCUCGAGAGAUGAAGAUGUUCCUGCGCAACCGUAUGUGGUAUGAGCACCGUCACUGGCUCACGGCUCUUGCCGCGCUCGUUGUGGCGCUCUUUGGUGCGGCGUUCGUGCACUUUUUCGCGUCACAAGACCAUAUCUACCGCCUCGAAGUAACCGACUCUGCUUUGAUGGCCCGUGUCUUUCGCUCUGGAAAGCCGUGGGUCGUGCUGUGCUCGGGUCCCAACGACGUUUUACCCGAAGUCUUUGACAAAGUGUCGUCUCGUCUGGCGGGCAAAAGCUUUGUCGGUGUCUUGGACUGCAAGGCAAAGCUCUUGGCGUCGGGCAAGUCGGUACUUAAGCGUUACAGCCUCAAGACCUCUAUUUCACCCACCGUUUUCAUUAUAGCCAAUGGGGAGAGACCAAAACAAGUCGGUCGUGCUCAUUUAAGCUCGGCUGCUGUAUUGGCAAAACAUGUGGAGGCGCAAUUACAAAAGACGAUGCAACAGGUGCAAAACUCGGCGCAAUUGGAAGCGCGGUGUCUAUCAAGAACCAGCUGUGUGCUUUUGCUGCGAGGCGGACGGUUUCAACCUCCUGAAAAGCAGUGGAUCCAUGAGCUCAUGCACAAGCACCCCGCAGUGAGUUUCGUGUGGAUUGAUUCCACGAGUUUGACACUGUCGCUGGAAAAGACGCUUCCAGAGUUUCUGCGCGGGGAGCAUCGCAUGGUACUCUUCCGACGUCAGCGUGACUUGAAUACGCAGAAAAAGGGGCUCGCAGCAAAGGCGUAUCGUGGUGACGUCUUUGAUGCAGAGUCAGUGGGAAUGUUCCUGGAUGACAACAUCCAGGGCGAUUCGCUUAAACUGCUCGUAAAGUCUCCGAAGGUCUUGCAUCGCAAGAAGACUAAAAAGGAUCCAUCUGUGCCAGGCGAGAAGAGAGAAGGGGGGCGUGGGCGUCCGAAGCGGAAGCAUCAUCCUCGCCACGACGACUUUUAUGCAGGGGAAGAGAAAAGCGACGAUGAUACCUUUCCCCAGCAUGUCGAGCUAGACGGGGAUGGACAGAGGAGUUCGAUUGACUCCGGAGAUGUAGAGGAAGAUGGAGAGGUAUUGGAUCUUGAUGCAGUCGACGGCGAUAUCUAUAAUGGUGAUGCAUAG